UAUCACAUUGAUCGAAUUCCCAAAGCAAGAAUCUUUAAACCAAGAUUUUACAUCCUUCUUCUCCAAUCCAUCAUGAGUUUUUUUCACAGCUUUUCCUCAUCUCUGAGGAGCAUACCUACAGCAUCAUCAUGGUUCGAGGCGUAUGUAGCCCUCUCCACAUCUAUGACGCUUUUGCAAACUGCGAUCAAUCAAUUCAUACCGGUGAGUGUUCGAUCAUACAUAAUGUCAAGAUUGAAGAGCUACUUCUUUGGAAUUGGAACUGAGGCCGCCGUCUCUAAUUCUCUCGUCACUCUAACCAUCCCUGAGAUGUGGGAGAACAUGGGUCGUAACAAACUCUAUGAUGCUGUCAAAGAAUAUCUACCUUCCAAGAUCAGCAGUGCAAACAAAAACCUCAGAGUCGGCAUGGGAGGAGGUAAGAAGAUGGCAAUGGCUAUCGAAGGUGAGGAAUCCAUCGUCGACGUCUUUGACAACAUAAAGCUUACAUGGAGUUGUUCCCAUAAUCAGAAAGAUCGGCAACCGAUCCCGAGUCCUACUCAAUCAUAUGCGAGACCCAUGUAUGUGUUGUGUUUUGAUGAAAAUCAUAGAGAGAAAGUCAUGGAUUCUUAUCUGCCUCAUAUCUUGAACAAACACAAGGUCGUGAAAAAGGGAAAGAAGGUUUUGAAGCACUACACGAGGACGAGGGGCUUAUGGCAAUCAUCCGUGCUGGAGCAUCCGGCAACAUUCGAGACGGUUGCCAUGGAACCCGCUUUGAAGAAGGCUAUUCUGGAUGACCUGGAUCGGUUCCUGAGGAGGAAGAGUUUUUAUAAAAAGGUUGGGAAAGCUUGGAAGCGUGGCUAUCUGUUGUACGGCCCUCCUGGAACUGGGAAAACCAGCCUCAUUGCAGCUAUGGCAAAUUACUUGAAGUUUGAUGUCUAUGAUUUGGAGCUCAGUGCUGUUCACUCCAAUGCAGAUCUAAUGAUGUCGUUGCGUAAUACAUCUAAUCGUUCCAUUCUCGUGGUUGAGGACAUAGAUUGCAAUAGAGAGGUCAAGGAUCGAUCAGGAGAAGAUGGUGAUCGUGCUCUAAAACGCCAGUUUAAAAGGGUUAGUUUCACACUCUCAGGUCUACUAAACUCCAUAGAUGGUUUGUGGACAAAGGGUUCAGAUGAGCGAAUCAUUGUGUUUACUACCAAUCACAAAGACCAAAUAGAUCCAGCAUUGUUACGUCCUGGCAGAAUGGACAUGCACAUUAACUUGUCCUUUUGCACCGUUAAUGGGUUCCGAAUCUUAGCUUCCAAUUAUCUUGAUGUCCAAAGUCACCCGCUCUUUGAACAAAUUGAUCGCCUGUUAAAGAAAUUACAGGUCACUCCUGCGGUAGUGGCAGAAGAAUUAAUGAAGGAUGAUGAUGCUGAUGUUGUUCUUUCAGGAUUCAUUAAUUUCCUUGAGCGAAAGGAGAUGGGAGGCGAUGGAAUGACGGAUGUAGGUGAUGAAAAUGAAAUCUCACUCUGUAGAUCAAAUAAGAUAGAGAUUGAAGAUGGUGAAAAUAAAAUCCCGCUCUGUAGAUCAAAGAAGAUAGAGAUUGAAGAUGAAGAUGAAGAUUUCGAUGACGAUGAAUUUGAAGAUGAAGAUUUUGAUGACUACGAAUUUGAAGAUGAAUAUGAAUUUUGAUGGCAAACAAAGAGCAGACUAGUUUGUGUUACAAAUUAAUGUGCUUUGACUUGUUAACUUUUACUUCUGGUUGUGUUUUACGGAACUCUAGUUUGUUGUAGGUGAAAAAGUGUGUUGUAAAGCUAGUGUGUGGUUCUAGAACCUACUUUUGUAAAAGCUUCUCUAAUCUUUGCUUUGCGUAGCUGCUCAAAAUCAGAAUGCAAGAGAAAAAAGGAAAGUAGAAAGAAAUUUUUUUAA